AUGCAGCGCGUGUCCGGCUUCCUCCCCGCGUGGGACAAGAGGACAUCCGGCAGUCGCAAUGGCUUCUUCGGGUGGUCUUCCAACCGCUCCAGCACAGGCCCUACCUCCACGUCGUCAACUAGUGCCCUGGCCAAGAUCAACACAGCUGCCGCAAACGCCAAUUCCCGUAUCAAUCUCAAUGGGCGGAUACAGCGCGAGACCUUUUGGCCCGCGGCUCUCGAUGGGGAAUGCGAAAAGGCCGCUCGCAUCCUCAAGUCCUUUUCUACCGAUGGAUACCUCGCCCCAGUAGAAGAUUACGAUGGACAACCCCUCCCCGACGAUCCCCAAACACCAGCUCAAAUGACGAAAAAAAUCCCCCGGCGCAUCAUCCAGAAUGCUGCUGGAAUCGCAAUCUUCACUUGCAUGCGAAGUGGUCUGUGGAUGACAGGCUCGGGUGGUUCAGGCAUCUUAAUCGCCCGAAAAUCUGACGGCACAUGGUCACCACCAUCUGGUAUCAUGCUACAUACACCUACUCUCAGCUUCAUCAUUGGCGUUGACAUUUACGACUGUGUCCUCGUCAUCAACAACCUCGCCGCACUCGAGUCGAUCACUAGGCCGCGGGUAACUCUGGGCGAAGAUGUCGGCCUGACCAGCGGCCCACUCGUUCCCCUCGAUUCGGACGAGUCGCACAUCAGGUGGAAAGAUCUGGGCAAUACCGUUCUCACAUAUAUGAAAGCGCGUGGUCAGUCUCAGUUGGUCAACCUAUACGGAUGUAUCUUGGCCGAGAGAGGGAACGAAAACGAGCGCUUUUACUCGAGCGCCGUGUCGCAAAUGGAUAUCCUCGCAGGAAAUGUGUCACGAAAUGUCGAAGAGACGAGGCCCCUCUUCGAGGUCAUUAAGAUGGCCGAGGGAAGGACAGACUUCGACUCUGCCAUCAUUGAUAAGAUUGCCAUCGAGCCUGCACCAGGAGACGCCAUGAUUGAGACUCCAAAAACCUCAACGCCCGUCUCGCCCCGCAAUGCGUUCGGAAUACCCAGCGUUGAUGACCCCGAUCCAUUCGGAGUCUUGGCUUUGGAGAUGGCUGGCCUUGAGAUUAGAGAGGCUGGAUCUCGGCUACGACCAACCAGUAGCCAGUUCGAUUUUAACCCAGUCCCGGCCAGUCCAGCGUUCUCCAAAUUCAACAGACAGAGCAUGGAUACGUAUGCUACUAAGAGCAACCGCGGAAGCUUCAUGUCGGCACGCACGGUCAAGAGCCAGAUGACAGAUGCGGGAACACAAACUGAGGUCGGGACCACUCCCGAGACAACACCAAGCCCAGGUCGGAGUGAGGACGGCUACGGCCGAUGCUCUCCGACACAAAUUCCCGAGGUGACAGAAGAGGAGGAGGAAGUGGAUUACACAAAGGUCGAUUUGACGCCUUUGAGAAACAUCAGUGGACCUCAUUCCCCUGUCAGUGUAACCAGCGAGGGUAGCACUGCAGUGGAACAUGACACGCUGAAGAAUGAUGUUCCGAAGCAUGACACUCUCGAGGUUGAUCAGGGAUUGUCUACUGAUGAUACCGACAAGGCCUCGAGCAUCUAUGAUAAUGACGACAACGACGAGACAAGUCGUGACGCGGAGAACGACGAAGAGCUAGACGACUCAGAUGACGACGAUGAGGAGCCAGUGGUGUUCGAGGUGGCUGCUGUGCAACCAGCAAGGACACAGGCCGUUGCUUCGCGAGUGGUUCAGGUAAAAGGCAACAUGGUGACGAUCCCCAAGAGGAUUCCUCCCCCGCUGCCUAUGAGGAGCCCCGCCAGGACGUCUCGGUCAAGUAAGACGGAAAUCGGCGACGUCAGCCAUCUCAAGAGCCCUCUCCGACAGGAAUUUGGCGAUGCCGAGACCAAGUCGGAUGAAGAGAGCCAACCUAAGGCCCAGUCCUCGCCCUUCCUAAAGCCUGUUGAGGUGAAGAUUGUAUCGGCCAAGGUUGAGAACACGAAGCGUGAGUCGGUCAAAUCGGAACAAGACAAGUCAGAUUCUGAGUCUGAGUUCUUCCUGGCAGCGGAGGAACCCAAGACCGAUGACAUGAAGCCCAAGGAGGAAACAAAGACCUCCGAAGACCAAGAACCGCCCUCGAGCGUGCCCCAGCUUGAGCACUCGGAUAGCUCGGACUCGCUCUCAAAGAAGCGCUCAUCGUCCGUUUAUGCUGGUGCCAACGAUGACGAGCGGAGUUUGAACGGAUCCUCGCUCACCACAGCCACUUCCAAUCGACCUUUCUCGGUCAUUGACGACAUUACCGAGGACAAGACCCCCCGAAGAUCUACCAAGGAGCAACCUGAGAUGAAUGAAAAGUAUGAAGCACUAGAAAAGAUGGGAUCGAAGGAAGUGACCAUUACAGCUGCAUAA